GGACUACGCUGAAUGCAGCAUCUCCUGGGGAUCAAUUACCUGUCGAAGCAUUGACGGGACGGGAGCUGCGUACCACCCGCGGAUUGUUUGUCCCAACUGAAGAGCUACCACUACAACUUACUGUUCCCGGCAACGACAAUCAUUUCCAUUUUGGAGGUCCUAUCUAUGCGCGCGACUACCGAGAUGGCCACUCGUCGUGGACCGAAACAACAUUGACUCCGCCGUGGAAGUAUGGUGUAUGGUUUCUCGGUGUCCUUUGGCACGGAUUCUUUUCCACAACCAACUACGACUACGACGCGUGAAGAUUUUUACAGAGGACCCGUUGUCCAUACAGGCGGCACUGCACAUAUUACUGGACACAUUCAAGAUGCUCUCCAUAUGUCUGCCGAAUCCGAAAUUAACUGUCCUUUGUGCUCCACUGAUAUGAAAGCUUGGAGCGCGGUAAGACAGAAACUGCAUCUCAAUGCAUGUUGCGAACAAGCCAUUAACGAAUGUCCUUUCUGUCCUGGAUGCAAUAAAUCUUUCAAUAGCAAACCAUCGAGAAGCCACCUAAAACUGUGCGCAUCUAGGUUGAAUAUAUCUAUUCUGAAUCUAAUGGCAAUCUCAGAGCGCAAACAGCGACCACGUUUCUAUCAUUCUGAAUUUACUCAUUUUGUCCCAAGUACCUUACUCGCGAAAAACGAUCUUGCUGAUGAUGACCUACGUACUGCUGUGGCUCUGUCGCUGUCUACGGAAGAAGCAUGCAAGUGGCGCCGGUCCGAAGCCAAACUGGCUAAUAAACUUCAUCCGGCUGAUUUUGGUCCUCCUACUCAUCUGUUACUCACAGACGAUCAACGCAAAGCAAUUCUCUCGGAUCGAUUGUCUGAGAUUCUGUUGCAACAUAGCAAAACCGGUACACCCUCAGUAUCCGACCUCUCGUGGCGAAGCUCCGGUAGUGAAUCUAUUCUGUGGCACUUAGCUGGGUGUCCCAUUGAAAGAGAGGCAAAUUGGGAGAAUUUAUAUUACGUAUCGACUUUGGUUCCUCCCAUCAGUCCCACGAAAAUGGCUUGGGGCGAAAACCUCCUUUCCCUUUCGCAGAUUCCGGGUCGUUCAAUUCCAGAACUUUGCUCGAAUCACCGUGGGAACCAUCCCGACGUACCAGAACGAGUACAUAGUUCAGCAGAGGUAAAAUGCAGUCACCUUCGGUCAAAGUCAACUGUUAUGUGGUCUCCUCACAUUCGUUUCAUACUAGAGAGCCAUUAUGCAACUUAG